AGCGCAUCUUUCAGAGUGCAUGGAGUGGCUGUGAUGGUUACACAGCACCUAACUGCAUCAGCACGGUGUCGUCACUACGGGCAGCUCUCUACACGUCUUAGCUAGGCUGGCCUGGCAACUGGCUGUAUUGCCCUGCUUCAUACGAGUCGAAAUAGAUCAUGGAUUCAACUGUUGGAAUACCCGACGACGGCGAGCACGUACAGGAGCCACAAGCACAAACUCUCGAAGAAACGUAUAUCAUGCUUCCGGGUCAAUCGGUACACGACACUCUACCAACGAGGGCGUCUUGCCAGACAGGGAAAGACGAUGCAUCCACGACUGAGUCAACGCGAGAGCAGGAAGAAGAUUGCUCUAAUACUAACCUAUUCUCAGCGUUGGCUGCCACAGCCUUAUGUCAAGGCAUUCUAUCUGUGAUGCUCCUCUCGUUCUUCAGGGCAAUUUGCUCAGAUUACCUCAAAGAAAAUCCUGGGCCGUAUUCGAGACACAACGUCGACAACAUCGUGUCUCACGUUGUCUCUUACUCUUUGAGCUCUUUGCUCUUUGCAAUAUACACUGGUGUAGAUUGCACAAUUCUAUCUGUGACAGUGUACAUGUUUUUGAUCUGGUGGAUGUCGUCAAAAGAUUCCGUCAUGUUACUCGAUAAAAUUGACACGACAGUUUUCUUGAUAAUCAUUACCCUUUUCCUCCUCGUUUGGUUCCUUUAUACCCGCAUUUCCCCUUUCCUGCGAUUGCGGAGAAGGUAG